AUGAAAGGAAACGGCAAAAUUGCAUUCUGUGCUCUGUUACUAUUUACUGUUUUUAACAUCCAAGCCAGAAAAAGCAACCGACUUUUGGAGGACACCACCUUGAGGGGCGCGACAAACAACUGGAGGAACAGAAACAUUAACCCCAAUCAUCCGUGUACAUGCAACUGUAAAUUAAUAACACGAAAGGGAUCCUUUAAAUUCAUUAAUUUUAGGGAAAGUAGGAAGCCAAAUUGUGUGACCAAUGCGGGACACCCAUCCACGGUGCACCUUUCUGCGCGUCCUUCAAGGGACAUGUGGAAUAAAGAUUCUCACAAAAGUGGGUUAACCUCUUUACAAAAGAGAAGCGGAGUUACACUCAGUUUAUCUAUGCGGGGUGCCAUCAGGUAUUCCUUCCUGUUUAACAAACUUGAUGGGUUCUCCGGGAAUUAUGAGCGAAGGAUGAACAGUGCCCAGAAGAUUUGCACGUCGGAAGGUGGUAACUGUGUGGCCUCCGAAAAGGUGGAGUUAUUGUCACUUGACUUGUUCAGGUAUAAAUAUGCCCUCCCUUGGGACGAAGUGAGCACAGGAAAGGGGCACACCGAAUGUGGGAAUAUUAGAAGACGUUCCUUUUCUUUGUCUGCAUUGCCACGGGGGGGCGCCACAGUUGUAUCUUCCCCGGAAGUGGAUGCCACCUCUACAAUCGCUUCCCUCUCGGAUGCCCCCCCCACGCGAGGAAAGUUCUACACACCCUGCGUGGUGGACAAGCGGGGCACAGAAGAUGUAAGUGGUCCCCCACGCAGUGCAUCAUACGGAUCGCCCAUCAGAACAACUGAGUGUGCCAGCUGGGUUGAGUCUACCCCCGACGUUUGCAGCAAAAGUGGAACCAAAAUUGGAAUGAAAAGCGGUGCCGAAUCUGUUGCUGAAUCUGUUACCCAAUCGGUUACCAAGUCUGCUGCCGAACCCUCCGAAGGGGGAACAAAAAAAAAGCGAGUUUUGUCCGAGGAGGCCAAACAAAGCAUGCGAGAGAAACUACGAGCCAUUAUGCGAAAGAAAUGGAAGGAUCCAGAAUUUCGCAAAAAGAUGAUGAAGGCUUUUAAGAAGAGGGGCCUUGAACACAAUAAAAAAAUAUCGGAGACCGUGAAAAACAAAUGGAAAAAUGACAUGAAUUAUAAACAAAAAACCUUGGAUGGCCAAAGGAGGUAUUUCAUCAGACGAUAUAAAAACAAAAAAUUAGUUGCCAUUUCGGAUAAAACGAGGGAGAAAAUAUCCAAAGCUAUGAAACAAUACUGGGUUAACAAAAAUAAGUUUGCAAAAACGCAGGUUAACAACUUGCAGCACAUCCAGAAGAAGAAGAAAAAACACAAGAAGGUUUGGGAGGAUAUUUACUCCCUUAUAUUAAAUCAGAAGGUGGGCGACUUCGGCGGCUAUCAGUCGUCUUUGCACCAUAACUUGUCGAUCAAUUUGCAGGCAGCACUUAACUGA